CCUGUCAGCUUUCUGCUGUAGACAGAGCUGCAAAUACGGGCAGGAUCUGCGGCUUGCUAUGGGAUUGUUGGACAAGAGCUUUUGAACCACUUGGGUUGUGUGUAACCUAAAACCACAGAGGGUUAGAAAUAACGGCCUGGCGGCGAUCAGCAUCAACGGGUGACCCACAUCUGAAAGGGCUUCACCUUUGACCACCAGGCGCAUACCGCGGUGGGCUCCCGCUCGGCAACAUGUCCCGUUUAGGCCACGCUUUGCCUCCUUCAGACAUGGACACGCAGCAGCCCACAGCCACGGAGGACUCCAGCACCAAACAAGGCGGUGCCAAAGGUGACGACGCUGUGGACGCAGAGCUGGCCAAAGCCAUCAUGUCUCGGGCUUUCCACCCGUCGCUCAUCGGUCCUGAGUCGUGGGAGGGAUACGUCUUCUCCGAUCAGGAGAUUCGGAUCAAAGAGUCCACGGACCUCUACGGAGCCAUGCUCUGGCCCUCGGCGAUGGUGCCGUGCCAUUUUCUGGAGACCAACCAAGACAAAUAUAACCUGGCAGAUAAAAAUGUGAUUGAACUGGGAGCCGGAACCGGGCUUGUCACCGUCGUAUCCAGUCUGUUAGGGGCUAAGGUGACGUCCACGGACCUGCCAGAUGUGCUGGGGAACCUCCAGUACAACGUGACACGCAACACCAAGGGCAGAUGCAAAUACAUCCCUCUGGUCACGGAGCUCAUCUGGGGUCAGGACGUGGCUGAACGUUUCCCCUGCGCCACCCAUCGUUUCGACUACAUUCUGGCGGCGGACGUGGUGUACGGGCACCCUUACCUGGACGAGCUCAUGGACACCUUCGACUACCUGUGUCAGGACGACACUCAGAUACUUUGGGCCAUGCGUUUCCGUCUGGACCCGGAGAACAGCUUUGUGGAUUGCUUCAGGCAGCGCUUCCACCUGGAGGAGCUGUACGACCUGCCGAGCCUGAGUAUAAAACUGUACCGCGCCUGGAGGCGGGACAAGUGGACAAAGGACCAAAGGGAGGCCGCUGCAUGAGCUGAAAAGUAGAAAACACGCAGAACUUUGAAGAUUUACUAGAAGUGGGUGGUCUCGCUUAGGAAUGUGAUCAGCUGGCGUCUACAGCUCGUGUCGUGUUUGAAGGUUUGGCUCUAGUUAUCAGGUUGUCAAAAAAAAAAAAAAAUGACAGAUAAUGUGCUCAGCCCACAGGUGUCAUAAGAUAAAACCACGCAGCCGAGCUACUUCAUUAUUUAAACUGAAACUACAUUUAUUUAAUGGUUAAAACUACUUGAAUGUUUAUGUUUUCAAUUAAAUUCUGAAAAGCUGUAUGUUGGCGUUUGUAA